AUGUCAUCCAAUUUAAUAGCCAUCAAGACACUCAGACCAGCAUUUGUCAGCUCUUCAUUUGAAGCUGCUCGUUCAAGAAGUCUCAAAUUAUAUAGAAACGCUAUUCGUUCAGUACCAGUACUCAUCCAACAUUACAAUCUUUCAUACAAUAUUUCUGAUAUGCAUGCUAGAAUUAAAGGUACAAUAUCAAUAUUAGUAGUAGUAGCUAGUAGACGUACCGAUUUCAGACAAUUCGAUAAGAUUGAAGAUAAAGGUGUUUUGGAUAGAUUAUCAUUCAUUGGAGAGACUGAACUCUUUGAUGCUGUAUCAUUGUUAAAGACUAGAAGUCAUGUUGUCAACUAUUUCGAUGAGAUUCCAAACUCUCAAAACAAAAAGCAAAUCAGUGAAGGAGAGGAUUUAUUAAAGAAAUUCUUUUCAAAUAUUUAA